UGGGCACAGGUGGGUGGCACUGAUGGGCACAGGUGGGUGGCACUGAUGGGCAGAGGUGGGUGGCACUGAUGGGCACAGGUGGAUGGCACUGAUGGGCACAGGUGGGUGGCACCGCUGGGCACUGGUGGGUGGCAACGCUAGGCACUUGUGGGUGGCACUGCUGGGCACAGGUGGGUGGAACUGGUGGGUGGCACUGCUGGGCACCGAUCAUCAGGGCACUGAUCAUCAGUACCCUGAUGAUCGGUGCCGAUCCCUGCUCUGACAACUGCCGGUUCUCGGCAGUACUUUCCCCACGUUCUGACAGCGUGAGGAAAGUGCAGCCGAGAACCGGCAAUUGCAU